AUGGCUUCGGAUUCUCUAGUCGUGAAAUCAUAUAAAGAAGAAAUUGACACGACGGCGACGACGACAGUUUCAUCGACGGUUAAAGAACGUAAAAUAGAAGAAUAUGCUGUUUAUCAAGGGGUCAUGGGAAGGCCGGGAAUCGAUUUUCCGGUUUACACACACAUUCCACACACAAGUUUCAGUUGUAGAAAUGUUAAAAAAUCCGGUUAUUACGCGGAUUUAGAAACGGAUUGUCAGGUAUUUCAUAUUUGCGACAGAAAUCGAAAAGUUUCUUUUCUUUGUCCGAAUGGAACAAUAUUUAGACAAUCUCAUUUGAUUUGCGAUUGGUGGUUUCGUGUCGAUUGUGGUAAAUCUGUUGAACUCUACGACGAAUCCGCCGAACAGUUAGAAGCUGAUCAAAAAGUAUACAAAGCGAAAGCUGACGAGAGAGAAAGAAGAAGAAAAUUGAGUAAAGCUUAUGCUGCUGGUACGAGCGAUCAAUCGGAGGAAACUCAAAGAGCUAAAUCUCAAUUGUUGAAUCGUGAAAAUUUUUCACGUCGAGAACAUAAUUCACGUGGAAAUGGAAGAAAAUCCGAAAGACAUUUCAACAGGCCUUCCGAUGCUUUAAUAAAUUUCAAUAGGAAUAAACAAAAUGUGCAAACAACAAACGGUAAUAAUUUGAGAGUGAAGACAAACAACGAAGGUGAACAAGGAUCGUUAAUUGGUAAUUCUCCUGAUGUCGCUCAAAAAAUCAAUCAGCAAAAUCACAACAAUAUAGGAUUGGAAAAUUUUCACGAAGCUGAAUCUGGAAGCCUUGUUGAAAAUCUAUCCAAUCACAGUAGAAAUCUUGCAAAAGCAGCCAGUGGUGAAAGAGUUAAAAAUGAAGGUAAUAACAAAAGAUUUUCAAAAAAAAUCAAAAUAAUUGCCAGAGGUAGAAAUGGUAGUCUAUCAGCCGUCGAAGAAAAAGUUGAAGAAGUACAAAAGACAUCACAUACGGAUAAAUCGCAAGAAAGCAAUGAAAGAAAUCAAAAUUCUAAUGUUGGUAUUACUGGUGCAUAUUCUUCUGCUGAAAAAAUAACCGCGGUGGAAACAUCAAAUGAUGGAAAAGAUUAUAAAAAUCAAUAUGACAAUGGACAAUCGGAAAACGCUAGAACUACGUAUCCAAACGUAAACGUACAAACGGCGACAAACAACAAAAUUGAAAUAACAAGUCCCGGAUAUGAUUUCACAAAUAAAAUUAAAAACCGGAAAUUCGUACAAUAUAAUUUUACAAAUUAUAAAAACGCAGGUGUCAGCAGUGAAACUGGAGGUGGAAAUUUUUACAAGGCGAGUACGGUUAGAUCAGUGACGAAUAAUUUCAAAUUUAAUCAAAAUGCUAAACACGGUACUGACGUAAAUAAGAGCACAUUUUUCGGUUCGAAUGAAAACGUAAAAAAUUUCGCAUCGAAUGAAGAACAAGGGUCGACAAAUUAUUAUCAUCAACAAAAUGGAAAUACUGGAAACAAAUUUACAUACGUGGCCCCAACGACGACGGAAAAAUAUUCCAACGAUAAUUUUCAAACUUUAAAUGUUGCUUACAAUCAACAAAAAGAACACUCCACUGCUGCCCCGACAAUUUACGGCACUACGUUACGCCCAAAUGAACCCUUGAAUAAUUUUAAUCAACAAAAUGAUGGAAACAUAAAAUUUAAUUCUAACGAAAAAACGACAAAUUCUAAUUUUAAAAGUUCAUUCUCAUCGAAUUCGUUUAACAACAAUUAUCAAAAUCAACAACAUUUUUGGCAAAAAAUCAACAACAACAACAAACAGUUAAUAGACAUCAAAAUGUUGAUAAGAGUAAGUACAGAAUCUCCAUACGGUACAACCGGUUUCUCAUCUAAUCAACCUGUUAAAAAUUACAAACAAGAAAUUUUAUUAAAAGGAGAAAAUACGAAAGAUGUUGUUGUUAAUUCUGGUUACACGGUUACUCCUGAAGUAUAUCAACCGCCUACGACAAACAAUUAUUUUUAUCAAAAUUCAAAAUCUGAUAAUUAUCAUUAUUCGAACGAUAAAACAUUGGAAAACAAUCGACAAAAAAAUGGAAAUGUAGAUUUUAGUGCCACUUACGAUUCACAAAAAACAAUAAUAAAUUACAACGAUAAAAAUUUUAAAAAUACCGGAAGUACCAUCUUCGGCACAACUUCUUCACCCAAUCAACCAUCGGUGACAACACAAUAUCAAACACAAACUUAUCAACCGCAAUUUCAACAAACGCAACAAAACAAAUUAACGACUUUCGGUUCAAGCAGUGCGUUUGUUGAAACUUCAUUGCCAGUUACCAACACUCACAAUCAAAACGGAAAUGAAAGAAAUAAUAAUUUUUUUAGUGCCACGACCGCAUCAUUCCAGCCUUCGGUCUCAACUCAAUAUCAAACCGAAAAUUUAAAAUCACAAAAUUUACAACAAAACAAUAAACAAACGACGGAUUUUUCAUCGAGUGGCAUUUUAAAAACGACGAAUGUUUACAAUCAACAUCAAACCGGAAACAAUAAUUUUAAUAAUUUUAAUAAUCAACAAAAUAACGGUUUUAGUGCCACGACUCCUUCUUCCUACGAUCAAUCUUUUAUAACACAAUAUCAAACGCAAAAUAAUAAUAAUUAUCAAAAUGAAAAAAUUCAACAAAACAGCAACGAAAAAAAUAAAAAUUUUGGAAAUUAUUUAAAUGAAAAUGAGAAAAAUUAUAAAUUUAGUGCCACGACCACACCAUCUUAUCAACAUUCUUCCGUAACAAAUUACUUAUCGACAGAAAGUUACAAUUUACAAAAUGGUCAAACUCAUUUCACGACGACAAAUAAUCCAAAUCCGACAAAUUUUAUUCCGAGCACACCAAGUACGCCCCACCAGCAGCUACAACAACAAACGUUUGUCGUAAAUAAUCAAUAUAAUAAUAAUCAAUUUUCGGAAAUAAAUACAAAUGGAAAAAAACAAACUCCGCCAUUUGUUGGAACACCAACGACAGAUUUUUAUCAACCGACAACUUACACGACCGGAAAAUAUGAUUUGAAUACUUACCAACAACAAAAUAAACAAAAUAUAUUUAACAAUGCGGAAAAGCAAACAAAUUUUCCAACGACACAAAAUUCAAAUCUACCAACUGAAAAUACCCCGAAAAUUUUCUCUCACGGAAUUAAUAAUAAUAAUUUUGCUGUAGGCACGACGGAAUUUUAUAAAAAUGAUAACGUAAAUUUACCAAAUAAAAUCAAUAAUGAAAAUGUUAAAUUCGAAACGGAAAUAUUUAAAAGUGUUGAAGUUAAUUUACAAGGGGAUAACGGUGACGUUAUUAAUAAAACCUUAGGUCACCAAGUCACGGAAAAAAAUACACUAGGUUAUAAUAAUAAUAAUAAUAAUUUUCCACCCACAUCUCCGACAGUAAGCACAGUUUCCUUUAGUCAAAAUGGGUUAAACAAUGAAGGAUACAAAGGAUCGACCGUCGAUUACAAUUCGAAGAAUUUCCAAUUCACAAUAAUCAAUCACGAAAAAGAAGGACUUAAAACGGCAGAAAGUGGUUCGGCAGCUUCAAAAUAUUCAAACAAUGGAAAUAAUUAUCAAUCUUUGUCUUAUUUCGGUUCAACUCAAAAACCGCAAGAGUUUUUUGAUGAAAAAGGAUAUCAAGGCUCUGGGGUUAAUUAUAAUUUAAGGGGUGGUAGCGGUCGUGGUAGUAAAUCUUAUUUCGAAGAAAAUAAAUUUCAUUCACGACAGCAAAAUUCCAAUAUUCCUUCAAAUUACAAAACAACAAAUGUCGUAACACCUUCUUCUUCUUCUUUUUCUUCUUCUCAAAAUUAUUUUACCACGACGCCGUCGUUUGACGUUUUGACUGGUUAUUCAACUACACCUGUGACACCGGUCAAACAAGAUGGUAAUCGUGUGACGGCCUCAUCACCAACGGAACACACCCAUUCAAACGGUCAAUCGUGGCAAACGACAACUUUUAAACCGCAAUACGAAGGUACGACAACCGGACAAACGUAUUUUUCAGAAAACGAAGGUUAUUUUACUUUCGUUCCAAAGAACCAAUUAAUUUACGAAAAUGAAAAUUCGAAUUCUGCUAAAGUUUCGACGGAAACGACAAAUGUCGGAGUCGAUUUGAGCUUGCAAGAGUUGAAUAUAAAUAAAAAUAAUUUUCAAAAAACCGGUAAAACCGGUAAUAAUUACAAUGAAUUUUAUAGAGAAGGUUUAGAAGUUCCUCCAUCAUCUGGACCAAACGCUAUCAGAUCUUUUGCUUUAUAUUUUGCCGAUAAUACGAAUAAUCAAGCACCGACAACUUCUUCUCCUUCCAUUUACGUGACUCCGUCUGUUUACACAACCGUAAGUUUAAAUUCUUUUGAUAAUAAGAAAAAAGAAGUUUUGAAACAAGUUAACGAACUGGUACAACAAAGUUCUAUAAAUGUCACCGAAGUGACCGUGGAUAGUGACAAACUUCCCAAUUCGCUAACCGUUCAAACUCAAGAUUCUUAUCUUACUCUCUUUUCGAAUAACUCCGAUAAGAGCACAAUCGAAUCGUCAACGGUGUCAUCAAAAUCAGAAGAAGAAAGUACCAACGGUAAUUUUGAUUUUAAAUCAACCAAUUACGGUGAUUUUACUGAAGAACCAACGGUCAUCAAUUCGGAAUUGGUAAAAAAUGAUUUAGACGGUUCGCAAACUCGAGGAUUGGUCGAACCGGAACCCGUAGAAAACGAUGGAAAAGUUGCUCCGGAUCUAAGAAAAUUAGCUCAAGUAUUUACAAAAGCUCUUUCGGCUUAUUUAGAUGAUCCUCAGGGUUUUAGAAAAGUACUAACGGAAGUUCGUCCGACGGAGCCCACGUUUGACUCAAACGAAUCCGAAUCUAACGAAUAUUCAACGGCUACUCGAGAGGAAGAAGAAGUUUUGGAUUUUUCCGACGUGUCAAACAAUUCGUAUAAGAAAAAAUUAUCGACUCCAUCGUCUCAAAGAGAGUCCAGCACGGAAUUUCUUGCUCAAAUAUCAAGCCCGACCGUGAGCGAUUUUGAAAAUUUAAUCGCUCCGGUAAAUAAAACGAAUUGGGCGACGAAUAUUGAACUUACUGCACCCCUGUUGGAAAGUUUGGACGCAUCACAAAGCAAUUAUUACUCGUUACCAACGUUCACCGGUACUACCAAUUCUGUUGCAGAAGAAAUAAAUCAGUUUAUUGAUCAUGACCAAACUUCAUUUACCGGAUCUAUCGAAGAUGAUAGUUACUUUCCAUCUACUACUACUACUACGGAUAUAUCUUCUCCUCCCAAAUACGGUGGAUUUCAAAACAAUACCGAAAGAACUAAAAAAUAUUCGCCAUAUGGAUCUGAUUUAAAAACUUUUUCACCUUAUUCGCCGAUUGCAGAUAAUCAGGUGUCGCCGACUACCCCGAAAGUAGUAAAUCUCAAAGAAGGUACGAUUCAUGACUCCAGCAAAGAAAAUUUCACGUCUUUUUUCAGUCACUUCACAAAAAACGAAACUAAAGACGGAGAAAUACAAUUGGCUAAAGAACUAAACAAUUUAGUUUUGCUUCAAAAAUUUACCACUCCGAGAGGAUCCGGUACCCAGUCAACUUCUACGGCACCUAGAUUAUCCACAUCUCAUUUAUCUACCCACAAUGGUAUCGGUAAUCGAUAUGAAGAUGUCGUUUUGGGAAACGGUGAAACGAUAGAAAGAAAUGUUGGAAUAAGAAUUGGAAAAGAACUUCAAAAUUCAGAAACCGGAAAUAGCGUAAAUAUUUUAAAAUCUAGCGUAAGUGCUGUAAACGUUGAUAUUGUGUCAUCUCCUAGCACCACGCCAAAAAGCAAUGAAUAUGCAAAUACGAGAAACCAUAUAACAUCCGUUAAACCUUCCGGAAUUUCCGGUAUCACUACCGGUGUGGUUUUGCCAAGUACUCCAAAAGGUUUUCAAUACCCGGAAACCAUAAGCGAUGUACAUAUUUUAAAAUCUAGCUUAAGCAACUUGAACGGAGAUGUUUUACCACAAUCAAGCACUCCCAAAGGAUUUCUCAUAACGUAUUCAUUGAACGAACCACAACCAACAACACAAAACCCCACCAUAGUUAAUCUCGUAGCUCAGUCAACAUCCCUUCCACCGUCCAUCAGUAGUUCGUACAACGUAAACUCAUUAUCGGUAUCCGAAUCUCAUAAAACUCUUAACGACGAUCUAUCUUCAUCCGCGUGGGAAGACAGUUUAUACGAUAGUUACCAAACAGCACCCGAACCGGAUAAUUCAGCAACAGAAUCUGCCGAAAGAGCUGUAAAAUCAUUACAAAGAAUAACAAAAUUACAAGAAACAUUAAUGUUCAACACGGAUAACACAACAUUACAUCAAAAAGAUAUGGCUAGAGAAACCGUCGAAACGAUGAUGGACAAUUUAAACUUAACGGCAUCCACAACUCACGCACUCAUGCACGUCAUGGAAGAAGCAGCUAAAAAUGAAACCUACAGGAGAUUGGUGUUACUUUUAGUUAACGACAAAUCCGGAAGAAAUAAAACAGCGGAAGAAGCGAGAGUAUCUUUGCUCAAAGCACUACUAACACCCGUGAUAGUAUCUCAUAAUCAACCAAAUCCUUCACUUCCUAUUCAAGACACGUCAAAACUUGCAGCGUCCGCAAAUGAUGACAAAACGAUCGACACAAACGUAAGAAGAAGUAAAUCCAUUCCAAACAGACAAACAAGCGGUCCUUUAAUACAAACGACAACUUCACGUUCCUCAUCGAUAAAUAAAAAUGCGGAAAUACAAGAAAAACAACCACCGAAGACGACGACGACGACGACAACAACAACUUCAACAAUUUUACCACCUUCAAAAAUUUAUAAAAAAUCAAAACCGGAUAUAGGUAAUAUAGGAGCGUUGAGGAGAGCAAUUGAUAAUUCCAAAACGAAACAAGUCAAAAUUAAUUCAAUAGACGAUGCCAUUAUUAAUUCCGAUAGCAGAGCCGUAGAACUUUUACGAUCAUUGUAUUCUUUAGCAGCAAGAUGGGGUUGA